UUCAAUACUUCUGAGAAAUGGCAGGAAAAGCAUGCGCGCUAAUGACAAACGGAGCUAUUAUUUUCUGGAAAAGAAACAGAUGACAGUCUUUAGACGACUUUCGACAUGGACAGUUCGAAAUAUACCUCACACCAAGAUUUCGAAUGGGCGGUGAAAUUGAAUCGUAUCACUUUAGAAUUUAUUGGACUUUGGCCUACAACCACACAGAACUCUCGACAGAAGUUAAUGUGCAAUUUACGAGUACUUGUCGUUUUUCUUACGCUAACGUUUGGCAUUCUAAUCCCUUGUAUACAUUCCUUCAUAAGAAUUUAUGGGGAUAUCAUUUUAAUGAUAGAUAAUUUACAAUAUACUUUAGCAGCUUUAAGCUCCACGAUAAGAAUCAUGAUUUUUUGGUGGAAGAAAGAAGGUAUCGUACCAAUCGUAAAUAUGAUCGCGGAGGAUUGGGUAAAGUCGAAAAAUGUUCACGAUAGAAACAUUAUGAUUAGACAUGCGCAGAAUGCACGCAUAAUCAUUAUGUGCGCCUACUGCUUAAUGGGAGUAGCGUGCUUCUUUACAAUCAUUCUUCCGAGUUUUGGAAUAUCAGUGAGAUUGACGCCCAAUAUUACUGAUCCAGGCAAACCAAUGCCUCUACAAACAUAUUAUAGUUACGAUAUAACAAAAAGGCCGCAGUACGAACUAACGUUUAUUAGCCAAUCUAUCGCCAUCGUUUUCUCAAUCAUGACUUAUUCUGGAAUUGACAAUUUUCUCGGGUUACUAAUCUUCCAUAUAUGCGGCCAAUUAGACAUCCUUAAAAAUCGUAUCACAUGUCUGGAUAAAUAUAUGAGUUCUCAUAAUAUGCUAAAGAGCUGUGUGACAAAACAUAUUAGUUUACUUAGGGCUAUUGAAAUUGUUGAAGACACGUAUAAUAUAACACUUCUAGCUUUAUUCGUAUACUUUGCAAUACAUUUAGCUUUCUUCGGUUUCCGGAUAAUUAGCUUAUUCGACGAAGGAAAUGAUUUAUCACUUGGUAGAUUGAUAUUUUUUGUAGCCAUGAUUUGCGACAUAUUUGGACAUAUGUGUUUAUACUGUGCCCUAGGCGAAUUUUUGGUGGCCAAAUGUGAUGAAAUGAAUUAUGCGGCCUACAGUAAUGAGUGGUAUUCUGUGGAUCCAAAACUUGCACGCGACUUGUUGUUUGUGCUGAUAAGAGGUGCUAAACCGAUUUAUCUCACCGCUGGAAAAAUGUUCCCCAUAACAAUGGCUACAUUUUGCAAUUUAGUAAAAACAACAGUCGGAUAUAUAUCACUUUUACAUACGACCAGAAAUUAUUAGAAACUCCAGAUAAAGUUAAAGGUUUUUUAAUAACAUGUUAUUUUUAUAGAAUGGGAUUAAAUAUGUGCUGUGUAAAUAUUAAAAUUGAAAAAUAAAUAAUUAGAUAUAUGUAAUAUUUAAUGGAUAUUACUGUAUGACUUAAUAGAAGUGUCGUAAUUUCUACUAGAUGAUUGGGAGUGGAACAACCUGCAAAUAAACUCAAUUUUG